GAACAUGAAGAAAGGGCAGUGUCUAGAUUCUAAGCGAAGAAAUAUAUUAAAAAUGUUCCUACCUGGAUUUAACGUUUCCUCUUGCUCUGUUCCUCCUUACUUAUACUCUUGUUUGUUUUCUAAGCCCUUUCAUCUCUCCAUCAAUCUCUCCCUUAAUAAUAAAGAUAAAGCAUUCAUUGCCAAUCCCUCUACUGGGUCCAAAGCAAACUCUGCUAACACACGAAGUGUUAAUGGCGGGGAGGCCAUUAAUGGCGAUCAGACUGCUCUCCAGAAGCACGUUGCCUUCUUCGACAGAAACAAAGAUGGGCUUAUUUAUCCAUGGGAGACCUUCGAAGGGUUUCGUGCGAUCGGGUGUGGCAUCCCCUUGUCCGUCGCCGCUGCCAUCUUCAUCAAUGGCGUUCUCAGUUGGCAAAGUCGCCCGGGGAAGUUCCCUUCUCUUCUGUUCCCUAUUGAAAUAAGAAACAUACAUAGAACAAAGCAUGGGAGCGAUUCUGGAGUCUAUGAUACCGAAGGAAGGUUUGUGCCAGCAAAGUUUGAAGAGAUCUUUCACAAGCAUGCUCCUUCUAGUUCAAACGCUUUAACAUCAAAGGAAUUGUCACAAAUGCUGAAGUCCAACCGGAUUCCCAAAAACUACUAUGGAUGGCUUGCAGCCUGGGGAGAGUGGACGAUAUUAUAUUACCUGUGUAAGGACAAGGAUGGCUUCUUGCAUAAAGAGACCAUUAGAUCUGCUUAUGAUGGGAGUCUCUUUGAAAAGAUGGAGAAGGAGCGUAGGUCAUCUCACAAAGCAAAGUAAUUGGCUCAAAUAGUGGCAAUUACUGAACUUGAUUUCAUCUUUUUCUGUUUUUCUCUUAACAAAUUGAUAAGAAAUAUGCAUUUUUGCAUCAAGUCUUCUUUUUUUUUAUGUAAAUAC